CGCCAUCCAGCAUCCAGCGUCCAGCGUCCAGCGUCCAGCAUCCAGCCGAAUCUGGAAUCGAUACCAGUGAACUGGGUGUGAACGGAAGGAGACUGGCUCAUUACUUGCCAUUGUUUACUUCUGAGUGUGUGCAUUCUCACCGCUUCCCAUUCUGACUCUCCUCUUUCCUUCCCACUUCUUCCCACUGGCUCAGCCACAAUACAAACAGCUCAUCAGCAUUUGGCCCUGGAGGACCUGCGGACUCAGGGGAGGAGGGCAGAGGCGGCGGGCGGGAGCAGCACCGCGGCGGUGACAGCGCACAGCCGGGCCCGGCCGCGCCGCGCCGCACCGCAGGACGCCCAUGCCCGGCCCGAGCCGCCCAGGGAUUGCUCAUGAGGCCUCUGGCGAGCGGGAGUAGGAAGAACCGCGGCGUAUCCCUGGGGCUCCUGGCCCUCUUCCUGGCCGCAGCCCGGUGUCUGCAAAGUCAGGGCGUGUCACUGUACAUCCCCCAGUCCGCCAUCAAUGCCACGGUGGAGGAGGACAUCCUGCUCUCGGUUGAGUACUCCUGCCAUGGCAUCCCCACCAUUGAGUGGAGGUAUACGUCUAACUGGGGAGCGCAGAAGAUCGUGGAGUGGAAGCCAGGGACUCAGGCCAACAUCUCCCAGAGCCACAAGGACCGACUCUGCACCUUCGACAACGGCUCCAUCCAGCUCUUCAGUGUGGGCGUGAGGGACUCCGGCUACUACGUCAUCACGGUGACGGAGCGCCUGGGGAGCAGCCAGUUUGGCACCAUCGUGCUGCACGUGUCAGAGAUCCUCUACGAAGACCUCCAUUUUGUUGCCGUCUUCCUGGCUUUUCUCGCUGCUGUGGCUGCGCUGUUAAUCAGCCUCAUGUGGGUGUGUAACAAGUGUGCAUACAAAUUCCAGAGGAAGAGAAGACACAAACUCAAGGAGAGCACCACCGAGGAGAUCGAGCUGCAGGAUGUGGAGUGUUAACCAAGGCUGCGCCCAGUUCCAUUCCUACCUCAGAGGGAAAGUGUUAUUUUUCCAACAAAAGGGGCCAACAUGGCGGAACCACCCUCCCAUCCUCCUGUUGGCCAGCCUUGACCAGCCAUUCCUGAAGGCGCUAGGGCUGUGAACAAAAUCAGCUGUGUGGAGUUGAGGACUUGGGUUGGACAAAAUCAGUUCUAGCACUCACAAGAAGUUCAGGGAGGCCUGGCUGCUUGCUCAACUGCGCUCUGGGGCCGAGGCCAGGGCGCAUCCAGACUGAGCGUGCAGCCAGCCCUAACAAGCUCUCUGUGUUCUUCCCGCCCAGCCUGUCCCUCCCACCUCUGCCCGGGGAGCUUCUGUGAAAAGUUCUACCACGGUCUGCCUGCCGGGCAGAGGUGGAAGCUGCGAGGCUGCCUGAGGUGCUCAGAGCAGGGCCAGGCCCUGGGCUGGAAGCUUUAAGGUGAAGAACUUCAUUUGUGCAUGAGGGACCAGCACUGGAAACAGGAAUUAGGGAGAAGAUUGCUUUUCUCUUCCUCUCUUAUUCUGACAUUAAUUGGAUUAUCCCCUCCUAUGGCCUCAAUUUAAACCCGUGGGAGGAACCGGGAUAUUCUUAGCCACUGUGGGCAGCAACUGGUGUCCAAAGGACUUCCUGACAAGCUGGGUCAUGGUACUUGUGUGAAAGUGAGCCUGCGUGGGGGCUGGAAUGACUGGAACGUUACCUGAGGCUUCAGAUCUCCGCCCCUCAGUCACCAACUCUUUGUUUCCAGUCAGGCCCUUGCGCUCUCCCAAGUGGGCUUAGGGAUGCUUGCCGCUCACCUACCUCACCAGGGUAUCACAUGAAGCCCACAGUAUGCAUGGAGCGCCUGGGCAGUUGAAGAAAAAGCAUGAAGAUUCUUCAAGGAUCUGGAAAGCAAUAAGCCUUCUACUGAACGCUGCCAAAAGGCCCAUGGGCAGGAAACCGGUUUGGAUCUGGGCAGCGGCUGCUGGAGUUCUGUGUCCUCUUCAACACUCCCUGCUUUCCAGAGCUGAACUUCUUGGCGCGCCAGAAGUCAGGCAUGGCCGUCUUCAGAAUACAAGGAAGCGUGGAGAGAUGCCUGGCUGGCUCAGGAGGUGGAGCACGUGACUCUUGAUCUCAGAGUUGUGACUUCAAGCCCCAUGUCAGAUUGGACCUUAUAAUGUGGACACAGAGGGAGGUUGAAUUCCUUGGAUGCAACAGACCUGUGAUUAUGCAGACCUCCUUGAUAACCCUUACACAGCAGUCUUUGUGAAUCUGUGCUCUGUGAAGUAUGCCUCCAGGAUGAAUUUCUGGAAGUAGACCGGUAGACAGGAAGCAGCAAGCUCUAGAACAAAGACCAAGCUCCGGUCACUGAUGGAGUGUCAGUCGCACGCACGUCCCGGUGCUUGCUAUUUCAGACGGAGGGUUUGUUGGGGAUGAAUGACCUAUGAUGUCCGUUCCCAUCCUAAAGUGCAAUUCCAAGAGCCUUUGGCCCCAAGUACAUAAGGCCGUGAAGACGUGGAGCAGGAAGUGAAGGGAGAAUGAAGGUAUGGAGACGGACCACACAGCAUGGCUAUCAAAAUGAGCUGGAGAAAAAGACAAUUUUCAUGGCCACAGAUGCACUCAGUCUUUACCAUCUGUGAAUGUGAACAAUGCAGGACAUUCUGAAAUGCUUUCUCCUACUGGUAAAUGAAAAUACCGGUGGCAUCUUCACUGCUUCCCAAAUUCGAAAACGCUUGACUUUUCGAGUCGUUUGAUGUUUGGUAUCUGCACAGCACUUUGGAAUUUCAUGCCCCUUACCAACUGUACUGAGGGAGGCCUCUGAACCAUCACUGAGGUGAGCAGGGGGCAUCCUUGUCCUCGCUGUACACCCGAGGGAACUGGCUUCGAGGGGGCAGCCUUGCCAAACGGAUGCAGCUGAGCAGAGGGAGAACCGACAUCUGAACGAUGCUCCUGCCGGCCUGCGAACACAGAGUGAGGGACUAACUGGUUUUCUCCAACUGGUCUCCCAAGUUUCACAGCGCCUCUUUCCAACACCAGGUUAUUCAGGCUGCAACAAUAAGCUGGAAAAUGUGAAUCGACACAAGGCCCAAGAGCUGCCAUUUCCUGCCCCUCCCCCACCAUUACCUCAAUUUCUGUAGUGGGUCAUGGCUCUUCACUACCCAGUGAUUUAAAAUAAUGGAGACAGGAAUGCAUAUGAAGAUGGUGUCAGUCUUCAACUGUUCUACUCUCCUCAGAUGAAGUUUAAGAGAACAGGAGGUCGUCCCUGUGCAUGCGCUCUCUGCUCUGCUCAGCGUGGUCCUGUUGAACUAGCUCAUGACGAGAGAGAAGAAGAAGCAUCCAGAAAUGUUUGCUUGAUAGCCAAUUUUAUGUCUAUUAUCAUAAAAUGGGAGGGUUUUUGUUUGGUAUCCCUUUAAAGUUUAAUUUUUCUAAUUCAUUUUUAUUUACCAAAAUACCAAUCUGCAGUGGAUGGAAAUUUUUUAAAAUGUUAAUCCUCUGGCAAAAGUCCAUGGAGAUUUGCUGUAUCAGAGUGUGAGCCCUUAAAAUCACGUAAGACUCCUCGUGGGAGAAGAGCUGUCCAGAUGAGCUCAGGAUAAUUAGCUAAGGCAACUUUUGUGGGCUACCAUUGAAAAGGCUUAUUAAUUCAGAUUCAGACUGAUUUUUUAAAAAAUUUCUGUGUAAAGAAGGAUUAAAAGGGGACAGAAAAGCAAAUACGAAGAUGUUACGGUAUUUGGGGCUUACAAACUCCAUUUUUCUUUUAAACUUUUUAAAGUUACUUCAGAGUCACCUUAUACAUGAUUAAAAGGGUUAUCUUCUAAAAAACUGAAAGCAUUUCUCACAAGGAAAACACUGCUUAUGUAUUACUUAUGGUGGUUCCAAUCCACCAAUCCAUUAGUAUUUUCCCCCCAGGAAAGAAUGUUAAAGGAAUAAGACAGGAGGAGAGUCUCACUGGAAGAGGAGGCCAGGGUUCCUGGGGGGAGGCUGGAGAAGGGCAGGGGCAGGUGCGGAGAGGUGUGAGCACAUCCGGUCCGAAUGGGCGGAGGUCACUCACGUGGGGGAAAGAGACCAAAAGAGAGGACCCAAGGAAGCCCUAGAGGUCCAUUACACCCUCUGUGCCUUCAGCUUGCACCUUCCAGGAAGCUCUCAAAGUACCAGUCUUGGUGUCAGACCUGGCCAUACCUAAGACAGCUGAAGGAAGAGGUACUUGGUUUGUUGAGACAAGCGCUGGCUCCCCCUGCAGGCACUGUGUGCUGUUCCACUUGCUUCUGGGGUGAGUGUGCUCCUGGAGGAAUGCUCCAGGAUUAUGAAUUAUGCAUUCAUGCUCCUGGAUGAGUCAGCAUUCCUGACUCACAAGAGUGUUUAGAUAUCCUUACGCAAUCUUUUCAACAAAUAGUGGAAUGAGACGCGUUGGCAAAAGACAGUAUAUUUAUAAGAGUUCAGAGAAGAUCUGGAAUUUUUAACCAUAUGCUUUAUUUGAUGACAACAUCAAAGGGAUACUUGAAAAGUUGAAUUCAAACCCAUAAAUUAGUAACCUUUCAAGUUAACUGCAUAAAAAAAGUUGUUCUGCAUCUCCCCUACUUAUAUCCUAUCACUGUACAUAAGUGUCUGCAUUUCAAAGCACUGUCACUUAUAAAGUGAAAUGUUUCAAAAUGCUAGGUAAACAUUUGUUGUUUUUUUUUUUAAACAAUGCUCUUUUGGAAAGUUUCUCUUCCUUGUGCUUAGAGUUCAUCUCAAGUUCGUUUCUGGAAACUUCUCUGGAAAAAAAUAAACUAGAAACGGUUCUGGAAACAAAAAUCAUAGUAGGCAAGGGCUAAGUGCAGACAUAAGCAGCUCCAUUUUAUAAACAAAGUUUCGACCUUCCAUUUUAUUCCACUGAACUUCUCUGAACGGUCCACGAAGAUGAUUCCAUUUGCUAUCUUGUAAAACGUCACUUUUUGGAAGAUCUUUACACUGGUUACGGGGAAACUGAACCAUGAUCUUGCUUCCACUUUCAGGGCCGUUACGAACUGUGGAGCAAAACCAAAAUAUCAAUGUAAUUUCCAAACUAGAAAACAAGGGUCCCACAACUUCAUUCUACCACGAAUACAAAAACCUUGUCUACCAACUUGAAAGCUCUUGUUAAAAAGAGGCGGUCAGUUUUAAUAUGCUAACCACCCUCCCCCAAAACCCCCAAAGCUUGCUUAUUUAUAUAUACUAGGCCAAUAUAAGUAUUCAUGAAUUACUGUUUGCACCAUAAAAAUGGAGCAAGAUGAAUUCUGGCUUAGGAAAGUCAAAUGUCCUAUGUAUUUUCACAAGAUCAAUCUAUAUUUCUUCUAAAACAUGUAAUACACACCUGAUAUGAAACUCAAACAUUUGGAAUCAGGACUGGGAGAGAUGCAGACAAGAUUUUUUUGAAUUAAGAACUUCAGGUUUUAAUGAAGCUUCAUCACUCAGCAAAGAAGAAAUGGGCAUUCUGAAACUCUUAUCAAUAAAGACCUGGUAAUGACCAAGCCUGCAGAUUCACAAGCUGUGAUUCUGUGGGCUAAGUUUUCUAAUUACUCUUUCAAAUAUUUAGAGCAGGUAUUAGAAAAGACCAUAGUAAAGAGCAAGUACUCCAAAGAUCAUUUUCAACUAGAUAACGCAUGUUCAUUAAAGUGCCCUGGACAGAGUCGGGGCUUAAAAAUCCCCUCUCCUCUCUGGUCCAUCCGUUCACCUCUUUGGGGACCACAUGUAACUUGGCCUAUUUGCAGCAGUACAUUUCCCAAAAGCAUUUAUCCAUCAAAGGUUUGGUUUGAUACUUCAGGGUAACAAUGCUGAAGGCAGUUUUCAGAGCUCUUAGGAAAAUGUGUCCCCAAACAAAACAUUUUUUAUGACCACCAGAAAGAGAAUCAAUAAUCUGUUGCUCUGAAUAAGCACCAUGAUCAGAUAAACGUUUAGCAUAACUCCUAUAUGAACUCACUGCAGAGAGAAAUUACUCUGAAGUAUGUCUAAUGAAUACAGGGGAACAUUAAGUCCAAACUCUGGAAGAUCUCGUCCCAUUCAAGGCAGCGGCCCGUACCUGAAAUAGCAUAGUCCCCACUUGGGGAGGCCACGGUGAUGGCAGAGGCAUUGCCAAUGCUCUCUAUGGGUCCAAGCCCCACAUGAUUGCUGAAGCUGAGCACCUGCCAGCCCAUGACCUUGGCGAGCUGCUGAACUGCAUGCACCUGAUGCUGUGACAUCUGCGAACGAAGAAAAGGACACUUUAUGCAUCUUCACCAUGGAGAUUUCCUUUGCAGUAACCUGACAUCAUGAUUGUAAACUUUUUUUGGGGUGCUUACUGCCUAGCACGGGAAUCCUCCUCUGUGACUGUUGCGGGGAGGAUCCCACCUUCCACUGCAGAGGCUAAAAUGGCCUGAGACUCACCUUCCCUGUCCACUGGCCAGCUUGAGCACAGGAAUAGGACCGAAGCUUAGCCAAGUGGAGACUCCCACCUCGGCCACGAAUGUGGAUCAACAUCGGAAGUAGCAGGGGGUGACUCUUCCAGUUACCUCUUCAAAUCCACUCACCACCCUCCUCUGCCCAGGGAGGAUCACCCAUAUGGUUCCAUCCUCUGGCUUUGGGUUGGGUUCAGACAACGGGAACCACUCAGGUAAUGGAAGCCAGAAGGAUGGUGGGGAAGAGAGUAAGGUCAGGGCACUUAUAACCCCAGUACACUCCCCUGUGAGGUUGUAUCCUGUGACAGAAGGUGUCUGCUUUUCUCAAGUGGCCUGGUGCACAGGACUCUGCUUCAGGGCACCCAUAAGCGCCCCUCUUAUCUCUUUGGCCUAGGACUGGUGACCACUAAGCCCCCCAGGCCUGCUUACCUGGUUAUUACUAGCACUAGGUCACCACGCUCUCCCAGGCGUUCUCCGACACCCACACUUUUGUAAAUCCUUAGUAAUAUGAGCAUGCCACCUACUUCCUGUUAAAAUCCUGUCUGAUGCACUGGGGCCAUCUGGAGUGCAUUCGGCCCCUAUUGAGGAAGGAAGUAGCAAAUCAGGAUCUUCAAGCCUCCCCAUCAAUUCUGGGAGCUACCCACCAGCCUUCCAAUAUAUUUCUGUGUAUACAUGCUUCAGGUGACCAAAGUCAUUUAAGGUGUAAGCAAGCAACCAAGAGGUACUGUACCUCACAGAUGCAUUUCAUUUACUUGGCACCAGAGUCAGGAUAAUAGAUUAUUGCUUCUAGGAUGGAGAGCAUCAGUAUUUUUUUUUUAAUUUUAUAUGAAAUAUGUGAAUUUUUUGAAUGGUAUAUCAGCAUUUCUAAACCCAUGCUUUCUCCCACAACUUGAUUUUUCACUGGAUCAUCAUAACUCCAUGAAGAACAUAGGAAAAAUACUGUUCUUAAUUUUAUAGAACAGGAAAGAAAGGUCCAGAAAUUUAUCCAGUGUCACAAAGCAAACGUGUGGUGAAGUUGGAACUAGAACCCAGCACUUUCCAUGCUGCUCCUUAAUACUGAAGAAUCUUUUCUUAGCGCUUAAGCAGAAUAUUCCACUGUUAUGGCGAAUGGUCACUACAGUUUUCUAUGUGAUCUGCCCUUCUCUGGUUUUCUGAGGUUAAUACUUCUUCACUUUUAUGAGGUCCCAAAGGGGUUGUAAAUCUUGGCAGACGUCAGAAAUAAAAAAGUUUGCAAUCUCAGAGCUGGUCCUUCAUCGUCAAUACAAACUAACUGGAAAUAAAUCUAGGGCAGUUUAUCAACAUUUUCAGUUAACCCAUAAAUUGUAAAAUAUUAAAUAAAGGGCAGAAAAAAUGGC